CUUAUGGGUAAUAUUUUCGGGGCGCCUGCGUCCCUGCUUCCACAUUCCAUCCCGCUCCAAGUCUACUCGACCUUCGCGCAGCACAUUGGGCUCGUUAUUGUUCUUCAGGAAGCUCAGAUCCACGCACAUCUCCAUUCCCGGCAUAACAAUACCAAUUUAAACACCUGCACCUGCAUGUGCGACACAGCCCGCAAUCCUGCUCUUGUCCUGACUUCUCAUGGCUUCUGCAGUCUCGGCAGCUCAGGCUAUCGGAGAAUACUUGCAGGCUCCGGACGAUCUCGUCAAGGUUGCAGCUUACAAAAAGAAGCUCGAGAAAGAAAAGGCUUCCAUUGACGCUAGGCUGAAAAAUGGAGUCAAGGAGCAAUUACAGGCGACGAGGGAAGGCUUGAGGAAACUGCUGAGCACAAGGACCAACGUGCAAAGCAUCAGAGAUGAAAUGGUUCUCAUGGAAAACGAAUUUAAUGACCCUCAGAACAUGGUCGCUACAUUCGACCAGAUCAGUAGGGUGUCGGUCGUACAUCGAAAUUUCGAACAAACUGAAGAAAUGGUGAACAACCUGCUCGAAAUGAACUCCAAAUUAAACAUGCUCGAAGACAUGCUAGAGGAGGACAGUCGCGAUAUCCUCGGCCCAGCGCCGAAUCUUCUUGUCAUACAUUACAUUCUGAAUCAACUCGAAGCAUUCCGAAAUCAAACCAUGCACCAGGCGAAAAAAGCUUCACCUUCUUCGAGAGAAACCUUAAUACGUUGGUUUGAACGGUUGAACACAGUGAUUGAAGCUUUUGAUCAAUAUAUCAUUGCUCUCGCCCGCAAUAUCCUAAACAUCGUUAGGGAGGGCAACCGAGACGUGGUCGUGAAGCUGAUAAAGAUAGCAGAAACGGAAGGCAGAGAGGACGAGAAGGCUAUCGCAAUCCGACUUGUAAAGAAAGCCGCCAAACUGGAUGCAGCCUCUAGAUUCAAGUCGAUGGCUGCUAAUGCCCGUGUCAUCAAGCACUACCGAUCCAAAAUCGUGCGCGCCAUUACCGAUUCUAUCAAAGACGAAUUUGAAGCAGCAUAUAAGCGUGACGAAGGAAACCCAACCGAAUUUCUCAAUAAUUUGGGAUGGAUUUAUCAGGACAUCAUCCGAAUCGAAAAUGAGGUCGUUUCAUGCUUUCCUCCCGGAUACGAAAUUUACUCCCACUACAUCCGUGAAUACCAUAGGGCACUGAAUUCGACCAUCAAGCAGUUGGUAGCUUCAGAGCCGGGGGCCAAUGUACUUCUCGUUCUCUUCGAGUGGCUCAAGCAGUACAAGAAGGAUAUGAAGGAACUCAACGUUCCCCCAGAACUGCUCGAGCCUCCUCUGCUGGACGGGAAGGAACAAUCACUUAUCGAAGAUUACCUUCAGGUCAUCGUCAGGAAACUAGACGAAUGGUCUGCCAAUCUCAUGAAGACCGAACUCGAAGAAUUUUCUACGCGGAAGGAUUCCCCAGAAGUCGACGCGGAUGGUUUAUAUGUAUCGCAAGGAGGGGCACCCAUCAUGUUCCAGAUGGUCAACCAGCAAGUUGACUUGGCUAUGGAGAGCGGUCAGGGCGCUAUCCUCGCUAGAGUGGUGGGCGAAACACAACGUGUCAUGCGUGGGAUGCACGAACAGUGGGUCAAGCAGGUUGACUUGGAGUACAAGAAAUAUAUCGAGAAACCCGAAGAAGCUCCCCCAGGGCUUCCGGAUUACUUGAUAACACUCGCAAAUGACCAGCACAAGUCCGCAGAAUAUGCGGAGGCUUUGUUGGCUCGUUUGGAACCCCUCGUCUCCGAAAAGUACCGCGUUCCUAUAAGCCAACAUCUCAAUGACGCUAUUGACGGGUAUCUGGACGUUGCGAAGAAGUGCACACAGACCAUGAUUAAAGUCAUUUUUAACGACGUCAAACCCGCCACUAAGAAUCUAUUCCAGGCUCAAUGGUACGACGGCGUCAUGGGCCAGGUCGUGGAGACGAUGCGGGACUAUGUUACGAAUGAUUACCAGAUUUACCUCAAUCCUUCGCUUGUCGAGGAUCUUAUUGAGGAUCUCAUCGACGAGUUCCUCCGAGUCUAUCUGAACGCAUUGGCCAAUGCGCCGAAGCUGAGAAUCCCUGCUGCCACAGAUCAAAUAAGGAAAGACGUUGGCGAUAUGUUCAAAUUAUUCAGCAGUCUGAAACCAGCUGCGGAAGUCGAAGCCCGUUUCGAGGUUCUUGAAAUGAUACUUGGGAUGCUUGAAGCAUCCAAAGACAUCGUGUUCCUAUCCUUUUGGUCUUUUGCGAAAGUUCACGGGCCGAAUAUUGCGUUUGUCGAGGGUUUGAUGAAGUCUCGAGGUGACUUGGAUCGUUCAGCGGUGAGUGAAGUCAUGGAUAGUAUUAAGCGCAAAGUGAAAGAAGAGAACUUAACGGAUCCUCCUGAACCGACGAUCAUGAGCAAAGUGACAAUACCUAACCCAUUAUCCAGAUUCUUGCGGACAUAAGUUUUGAUGGUUUAUAUUCCUUUACACCUUUCCAUGCCUGGCUUACACGUGUAUUGUACAGUU